GCAUCUGUGAAUUUUAAUUGAUACAUUUAAAAAGAAGACUGAUCUUGGAUCCUGGAAAUGUGUGUUCUGGACAGAAAGAGACCAGGAAGAACUAGGCUGAGGAGUUUCUCUUUUUAACACGGUAGUGACGGUGUCAUGGCACGGGUCUGUGUGACUGUACUGUAAACAUCACUUGUUAAAAUCACGUAAAUAUAUACAACAGCUUUGUAGAAGUUUCUCAUUAAUUUAAUGGAAUUAAAUUCACUUUUUAUGAAUGAUCGAUAAUACUUCUACAGAUCAGGUUUUAUGUUCAUAUUAAAGCUCAUUCAACAUUUGUACUUUUAAAUCUAUGAACUUUUCAUGCCCUCCUGCAUGAGGCUGACUGCUGCUGUUGGUCAGUGAUGAAGACGAUGAGAUGUUUCCGCCUGCUGCCGGCGUUACGGCCCUCAUCAGGCUGACCUGAGGUCAGAUCGGGCGGCGGCGACCGCAGGGUGAGGCUCUGAUGAUGAGGAGGGACGAACUCUUCCUCACGUCCUUAUAAGCCGCUCUGAGUGAAGGCGACGAUGAUCAGCCUGAGCCGCUGCAGCAGCUUCAUAACCAGCAGGAAGCAUGGAUUGGUUGGCGGACCCCGCCCUCAACGCCUCCACUUGGCACCGCCCCUCUGUGAACGCCUCAUCCCAGUACCUAAUCAGAGCGUACAGCACUGCCGAGCUGAUCCUGGUUGUCAUGGCAGCCGUCUCCCUGAGCAUUCUGACCGUUGUCGGCAACACACUGGUCAUCCUGUCCAUCAAGGUGAACCGCCAUCUGCGGACCGUCAACAACUACUUCCUGUUGAGCCUGGCGGCCGCUGACUUGUUCAUCGGCCUGCUGUCCAUGAACGUGUACACGAUGUACCUACUGCAGGGCCACUGGCCGCUGGGGGCCGCGCUCUGCGACACCUGGCUAGUCCUGGACCGUUGGGUGAGCAACGCAUCAGUGCUAAACCUGCUGCUAAUCUGUUUGGACCGCUACCUGUGCACAACAUGGCCGCUCAGCUACCCGGUGCGGCGGACGGGCAGCGUGGCGGGCCUGAUGAUCGGCGGCGCCUGGCUGCUGUCAUUCCUGCUUUGGGCGCCCGCCAUCUUGAGCUGGCAGAGCGUCGGCGGCCGGCGGGUCAUCCCGGACGGACUGUGCUACAUCGACCUCCCGGAGGGCCCGGCCGUCAUUCUGGGCAUCACGCUGUUGUCCUUCUACCUGCCGGCGCUCGUCAUGAUCGGGUUGUACAGCCGAAUAUUGGCCGCCAGCUGCCGCAGGCUGACUUGUAUUCAGGAGGAGCAGGGGACGCCCAAGACGGGGGGCCCGCCGGUGAAAGGCUUCACCUGGAAACGACGCAGCUCGAUGGCCAGCAACCUGGGCUCGGAUCUGUCUCUGAACCAGCGGGGAAGUCCGGCGAACAGCCGUAAACGCCUGACUGGACCGUUUGUCUUUCCUGUUCUGCAGCCGCUCUCCCGGACCUCCUCAUGUGCAGAGGGAGACGAAGACGCCUUAUCGAUCACCGACCUCCACAGCUCGGCCUCCGCGGCGCUGUCCGCCUGCCCCAGCUUCCGGUCCCAGGAGCGGAGGAGGCGGCGGGUGAUGGCGCGGGAGAGGAGGCUGACCAACACCAUCCUCGCCAUCUUGUUGGCCUUCAUCGUCACCUGGACGCCCUACAACGUCAUGUCGGUCAUCGACGCCUUUCAUCACAUCGAAAUCCCCCACGCUCUGUGGAUUGCCGUCUACUGGCUGUGCUACGUCAACAGCACCAUCAAGCCCUGCUGCUACUUGCUGUGCAACGUCACGUUCCGGAAGACCUUCUGCCGCCUGCUGAGCUGCCGCACCCGGAAGCGGCAUUAACGCUGAAACAGGUGAAACAGGAAUCAGGUGUUUACCAUGACGUAUUAGUAGAUAGAAGACGGAGUUAACUUAAAAUAAAAAUGGUGCUGUUCUCCUCCUCCUCAUAACUCAGAAAAUGUCCAAAAGUCCAAAACUUUCAUCUUUCGAAACUUAGAAAUGUAAAUGUUUUUCUAGAAAAUUUUUCUGAGAUUAAUCUAAAAAUUUCAGAAUUGUAAAUUCUAUGUAAAUUUGCGUCAGGUAUUUACUGCAGCAUAUUAUUAGAUCGGAACAAAUUAGUACAUUUUCUUCAGAGAACUCAAUUGUCCAAAAGUUAAAUUUUUUACUUAUUCAA